AUGCCUUCUCUCCUUUCUUCCUUGCAGGAAGGUCACCAGCUCGGCAGGACCUCGUUCCUUGGAAGCUGCGCAGCUCCGCGCACUCAGCUCACCCAGCGCCGGGCACGCCCCCGCGCCACUCGCUCAGACAACCGCCGGCGCAAGGCCAAGAAAGCUCCAAAGGCCAGACGGGACUCGAGGCUCCGGCAACCAGAUUCCACACGCAACAUCUCAGAAUCCAACGAAACGCAAGUUGCAAAAAGGCGGAGCAUGGGAGUAAAAAGACGGAAAGGAGAUCCCACGGCGAAGCCCAGCACCGCUCUCCCGAGCCUUCACAUCCCCAUUGGCAUGGCGGAUGAUACGCGUCGGGAGUCCUUUCGCUUUUCUUCACACAGUGGCCAGGCCGGCAAGCAAGACAUCGUCAAAACUGGCUUUCAAGUGGUGGGACACCUUCGGGAGGGGAUUUUGCAGUGGUUCGAGAUGGCCAGCACGGGCGGGGUCCCGUGCGUGUCCGUCAAAGAAGGCCGCGUUUUUGCUCCCGGCCAUGGCUUCAUCGAUGGCUCUCGGGUUAGACUUGAUGGUGUCAAAGGAUGUGAGUGCCUCGGAAGCGAUACCUUUUUGGCGAUGUCUUGCACUGACGACCACUUCACACUGGGGGUCGAUGUUGAGCUGCACGUGUCUUCAGCGCAUGUUCUGGAGGAUGAGGACGACGACGGGAUGGUCAGCAUUGUGACUUCACAGCCUCACCUUUGUGACGUGAGCAGCAGUGAUGAUCCUCAAUCGGUGCAAGUGGUGCUUCGAGGCUUCGGGGAGCUGGAUGGGCUGAGCUUCGAGGCCUUCGCACCGGGAGAGUCAGAGCUUCACUUGAGCGAUUUCUUUGACUGCGAGACCCAAGGCAAGCUAUCUUCGCUCCGAGAACGGCUGCUCCGCCAUCCAUUGACUGGAGCAGAGAAGAUUUUGCUACCGGAUCGAAAGGUCACCGAAGUUGGGGGCACAGGCGGCUGGGUUCGGCCAGCACCUCGAUGUCAACCUCUCAUAGAGGUCAAGGCUUGCUGGCGCGUGACCCUCGAGCUCGCACUCAAGUUCCUGUGCAAACAGAUGCCUUCGGUGGUGGCCACCCCGGUUGUGCCAGCAGGGUUGACCGUAGGGCACUGCGGCACGCCCGAACUCGUCGGGCGCUACACGCGCAUUGCAGAUGCACUCGGAUCGACAGCAGGGAGUCGAUUUCAAAAAGGCUGCAUACACUUGGCCUUCGAGCCCAGUUUGGGGCUCUGGGCCAUCACUGUAGAGACCCGCGCAGACCCCACCGACGACCUGCACUGCAGCAGGCAGAUGGUGGGCGAGCGAUGCUUGCGGUGGGAGGGACCGCAGCUGCUGUAUGUGUGCUUCGACCCAAGUCCAGUGGGUCGCUGGCUGCCCAUUCUCGGUAACGAGCCUGCGCCACAAGACAUACGAGAAAAGCAUGAGGAGCACGCCGAGCCCGAAUCUCUGGCGCGAGCGAUUGAUGGCCGCCUCCCUUCCGGCCUCAUAGCCUGCAUCUUCGGACAGCUCUUGGACUCCCGCAACGUGAGUUUGGGCGGCUACAUUGACUUCAGCUUCUUCGACAGCGGGGUACGGGGUCUUUCAGCCAAGGAGACUGCGAAAGAGCUGUUGGCUUUGGAGGAGUCAGCAGGUCGAAUUGCUGCAAUCUGCCGCUCUUGCCACACCCUGGUAGCAGAGUGGAGGAGGCUUGUUCCGGCUACACUGCGCAGGUGCUUGUAUGGAACUCUGGCAGACAAUAUGGAGGAUGUGGAGACUUCGCGAGUAAUUUCCUUGAUGACUAGAGCAGAUCUCACAAUGAGCAUUCAGCAUGCGUCUGACUUCCGCAACCGCAUGUGGGGCGCCGUUCCCUGGAGCAUUGUCGUAAACCAUCCAGUCUCUGAAGGCCUCAAACUGCAAGCCGUGUUGCCGGCGCUCAAGGCCUUCGUGCGUGAGCUUUUCCAAGGCGUGGGCCUUCCGGUGGAUCGAAAGAGCUUCAGCAUCGUGCGCACCAGAAAGGACGAGGACUCCUCGCGGGAGGUCGAGUGGAUCGAGCUUUUAGAGGAGAUCGGUAAUCGCCCGGCUGCGCUGCGCACGAAGCCGCUGCUGCUCUGCGACGGCGCCACAGCCGAGCUGUUCCUGCCCAACCGGGAGCAUCUUCUCGAAGGCUUGCCGGCAGCUACCAUGCUGCUGUGCCGUGCUCUCAGAGCGCGGAUCAUUCGUAGCAUGCACAACGUCGAGUUUGAAGUCCAAGAGCAUCAGGCAGGGGGCAAGUGCUUCUUGCACCGUUAUGGCAUCUCGAAAAAUUCGCCUUCGAGCGAUUCUUGCGAGUCGUGCCGGCGAUCCGAAGUGGGAGCGGCUGCCUUGUGCUCGGAAACUCGGCUCGGGCUGUUCCUGGAGAUGGACAUGGGACCCCCGCAGAUAUUCGAGCUCUGGAUCAGCGCUUUUGUGCAGCCCUUCCUGGCCAAGCAGACGGACGAUCCCGGACGCCUUGAAGCCAACCCGUUCGGUGGCAUCGAGAUUUCUUGGCAGACGCCCCCGGCGGUUCGAGUUAUCCCAUCGGAACGUGCUUAUGUCGAGGAGGUCAUUGGUUUGCAGCAUCAAAGUGGCAUUCUGGCUUCCAUCGACGGAGAGGAUGUGCAUCGCAAGAGCCGCGCGCAUAUUGUGGGGCUGCUGGAAGACUUCCGUGGCUCGAUCAAGGUGAUUCCGACUGACAGCGUUCGUGCAGCGUUGUGGAUCUCCGCACAAGAGGCUCUGCUGCUCUCCUCGGGGUCACAUCCAGACGCAGAGAGCAAGGAAGGCUCCGAUUGGCAUAAAACUGAAAUUCAGUUGCAUUCCAUACACCCCAUGGCCUGCGAUCUGGAGGUGGGUGACUAUGUGCUGAGCAUAGACGGCACAUCAGGAUAUUGGAGGAUCUGGGCUGAAACAGGAACUGGCUGUGAUUGGUGCGGUGGUUUGCUCAUUGCUUGGACAACCCCGCCGGUUAUUCGCGCGGCGACCCCAGAGGCCCAAGAAGUGUUCCACAACCCCAUCCUUCCGGGGGAUGUCCUGUUUACAAUCGAUGGCAAAGUUGUGUCAGAGCUGGGGAGGAAGCCCAUCCUGGAGCGGAUGGCAUCCAUGGAUAGUCUUGGACUCACUAAGCCUGCUUAUUAUUUGCACAUUCAAGCCAUUCGGAAGGAUGCCCAGAAGGCACUCCUGGCUGAACCAGACAACAGUUCUGAAAGUCUCGACUGGAUCGCGGGAAUUUUGAUAAGAUGGAGCUCACCAGCAGAGGUGCAAGAGGUUCUGCCGGACGUUCGGGAAUUCUAUCCGUCUAUGUCUCCUGGAGAUCGGCUGCAGUCCGUACAUGGCACCGAUGUCGGCGAGCUGGAGAGGGCAGAGGUCUUGCAUCUCCUCGCGCAAUCUCCCAAGGAUGCGGUCGGCUUGGAUUUUGAAGGGUGUUUGAGUCCACCGAUCCGGGAAAAGGUCCGUGCCGAUGCAAAGAGGGCCCUCCGGCGCGGCAAGAAGCGCCACAAGGAUAAGAACUUACCUGAAGGCUACAAUUGGAUCGCCGGGGUCCAGAUCCUUUGGUCCAAGCCGCCCCGUGUGCUCAAGGCAGGAAUUGGCUGA